CUCGGAGGUUCCCACCCUCUCCCGCCCUCCCCGGCAGGGAAAGACGGAGCGGGAGGCGGAGGACGGAAGAGCGGGGCGCCCCAGGUCCCUCCCGCCGGAGAGAAGGGUCCUUUUCAGAAGCUGCGCGCACACGCGUGCACAGGCACACGCGUGCACAGGUACCCGGAGGGUUUCCCUCUCCGCUCAGCCCCCCCUCUUCUCUCCUGACCCCCCCAAGGCUGCCAUGGCCGCCCCAGCCAACGCACAGACCGCCAGCAAGACCUGGGAGCUCAGCCUGUACGAGCUUCACCGGACCCCCCAGGAGGCCGUCAUGGACGGGACGGAGAUCGCCGUCUCCCCCCGCAGCCUGCACAGCGAGUUGAUGUGCCCCAUCUGUCUGGACAUGCUCAAGCACACCAUGACCACCAAGGAGUGCCUGCACCGCUUCUGCUCGGACUGCAUUGUCACAGCCCUGCGCAGUGGGAACAAGGAGUGCCCGACGUGCCGGAAGAAGCUGGUGUCCAAGCGGUCCCUCCGGCCGGACCCCAACUUCGACGCCCUGAUCUCCAAGAUCUACCCCAGCCGGGACGAGUACGAGGCCCACCAGGACCGGGUGCUGGCCAAGCUGAACCGGCUCCACAACCAGCAGGCCCUGCGCAGCAGCAUGGAGGAGGGGCUCAAGAUGCAGGCCAUGAACCGGGGCCAGCGGGUCCGCAAGCACCCCCAGGAAUCGGACAACACCACCUUCAGUGGGGCAGAGGACAACUGCGACAGCCGCUCCCACCUCAGCAACGCCUCGGCGCCCAGCCAGCCGGAGGCCGGGCCCAGCUGCAAGCGCUCCAGGGCCUCCGACGAGUCCAUGGCCGAGCCCGAGACCUCCCACGACGGCGGGCGGGGCAGCCCCGAACCCGGCACCGAGGCCAGCACCAGCGAGAUCGAGCUGGUCUUCCGGCCCCACCCGGUCCUGGUGGAGAAGGGGGGCUACUCCCAGACCAGGUACGUCAAGACCACGGCCAACGCCACGGUGGACCACCUCUCCAAAUACCUGGCCCUGCGCAUCGCCCUGGAGGAGGAGGCCCCCGACCCGGGCCCCGAGCCCCCCGCCCUGGAGGACGUGAGCGAGAAGCAGUACACCAUCUACAUCACCACGGCGGGAGGGGCCUUCACGACGCUGAACGGGUCGGCGACGCUGGAGCUGGUGAACGAGAAGUACUGGAAGCUGAGCAAGCCACUGGAGCUCUACUACGCCCCCACCAAGGAGCAGAAAUAAUCUGGGGGGGGUCUCCAACCUGAUGGACAGCAACUGGAGGGGGGGCGGUUGUGGGGGGGCACCCCUCUUCCCUUCCAGAAGACGCCUCCCCCCCCCCAGGAAGGCCUGUGUGUGUGUGGGAGGGGGGCUCCUGCUCCCCCUGCCCCCUCUCCUCCAGUGGGGGGGAGGGGAACGACUGGGGGGGGGUCGAAGUUUGUUUUCCGCCUUUUUACAGAUGUUUUUUUGUGGAACUGAAAAGACAAUAUUCACUCCUUUCGAAA